AGGCAAACAGAGGAGGAAGUGAGAGGAGAAGAAGAAAAGUAGAGAGGAGGAGGAGCAGAGGAGCAGGAGCGCGUCUGCUGCUGGACUCACCUUUACUCACCUUUACGCACCUUUACUCACCUUUACUCACCUUUACUCACCUUUACUCACCUUUACGCACCUUUACGCACCUUUACGCACCUUUACGCACCUUUACGCACCGGCCAGCUCUCUGGAAACGAGGCUGUCGUUUAAGAAGAAGACUGGUGUUUGUGUCAGGCCACCUCACCUCUCACAGACUCGUUUGAUGUUGUAGGUGCUGAAGAUCUCAGUAGACCGGGCCGAGGUGACGCUGGGAGGACACCAUGUCCCGAAGCCAGUUGGACAGCCACAGGGGCGACCAGGCCCCUCUAGCUCUGGAGAGCCACUUCUCCACAGAACUCCACAUAUCUGAGCCUGGCGAUGACUGCUGCCAGCCACAAACCCCCACAACCCAAUCUGAAACAUCCACACCCCAGGAAGACGUCGUAGGCAGCCUGGUUGUACCUCAACGGGUAGUGUUGAGCACCCAGAGUCCUGCAGCCCGGAAGGUUGGCACCAACCAGCUCAUUCCCAAGAAUUUAGCCAGCCGGCAUAAAAUCCGCCACCACACCACCGUGGUGACGUUCCCAGUGGGACUUGAGAACUCCAGCAGUGGGACCCGGAGCCGUCACUCAACCCAGGGGCCAGAUGUGUCCUGGGAGGAUUAUGACAGUGAUGGAGACGGUUUUGCUUUGAGGAGGAACCGCAGGAACAAGUCAUACAGAGCGGCUGUGACCAGCCUGGACAUUGAAGCCAUGGCGUCGGGACGAGGGGCCACGCUGAAACCUGUCGGAGAGGACAGAGCAGCCAGUCCUGGUCCAGCUCGCAGCCCUGGGCGCAAGCGAACCCUGGGGAGAAAGAGGAACCAGAAUCAGCGUGGGUCCUUCAAAGAUGCUACACCGCGCCUCUACCAGGAGAUCCGUGAGCGAGGGCUGCACUCCACCAACCAGGAUGAGCUGCUGGACGACUUUGUGGUGGUGGAGACUCCCGUGGAGGACCAGGGCAUCGUGGUGAAGAGCUACCGGCCGGCACAGCUCACUUGGAGCCAGCUACCACAGGUGAAAGACACAGGUAUCCUGACAUUGAUCUCACCGAAGGAGAGAAAGAGACAAGAGGCCAUUUUUGAGAUCAUCACAUCGGAGCACUCGUACCUGCACAGCCUGGGCAUCCUGGUGCGUCACUUCAAGAGCAGCGAAGCUCUGAAGAAAACAAUGACGGCCACAGAGUACCAUCACCUCUUCUCCAACAUCUCUGUCAUUCAGCAGGUCAGCAAACGGUUUUUUGAGGACCUUGAACGGCGUCACUAUGACAACCCGGUGAUUCGGGACAUUAGCGAUAUUGUUCAGAACCACGCUGCCCACCACUUUGAGCCCUACAUUGUCUACUGCUCCAACGAGACGUUCCAGCAGAGGACGCUGCAGAAGCUGCUGACCAGUAACACUGCGUUCAAAGAGAGCCUGAAGCAGAUUGAAGGGAGCAGUGAAUGUGGAGGCCUGCCCAUGAUCUCUUUCCUGAUCCUUCCCAUGCAGAGAGUCACCAGACUGCCACUGCUGCUGGAUACAAUCUGCCAGAAAACUCCAGAUAAGACAGCGGAGUACUUUGCUGCUGUUUGGGCACUGCACGCCAUCAGCAAGGUGGUCACUAGCUGCAAUGAUGGUGCUCAGCGGAUGGAGAGGACGGAGCAGAUGUACACCAUCCAGAAACAGAUGGAUUUUGGUAAAAUCAAGCCGUUUCCUCUGGUGUCGUCGUCGCGGUGGCUGAUCAAGCGUGGUGAGCUGGCCUUCAGCCCCGAGGAGCUGAGCAUCUGGAGGGCUUUCAGCCACAGGAGCUACUACCUGUUUCUCUUCAACGACGUACUGAUCGUCACCAAGAAGAAGAGUGAGGAGAGCUUUGUGGUGAUGGACUACGCCACUCUGGAGAAUGUGGAGGUGGAGGUCGGCGAUGAUGCAGAAGGACGGACGUCUUCGCCUGUUAAGAACAGCUACUAUCUUUCCUUCAAGCUGCUGAUGAGCAAGAACAGUGAAGGGAAAGCGGAACAGAUCUGCCUGGUGGCCGAGUCCAGGGUGGACCGGGCACGCUGGAUAGUUGCUCUGACUGAACACAAGCAGGCAGGAGUCUCUACGUGUAAAGAUGGUCUUCCACAGUACGAGGCCACCAAAGCCUACAUGCCAAAAGAACCAGAUGAGUUGGGGCUGCAACAGGCUGAGCUUGUCAUCGUGCUGCAGAAAGAGGAAGCCUGGUGCUAUGGGGAGAGGAUGCGAGAUGGAGAGAGAGGCUGGUUUCCUGCUACCUGUGCCACAGAGAUCACCAACCCCACGGCCAUCGAGAACAACAUGCAACGCAUGAAGCGCCUGCGCAAAGAGACCAACGUUUGAGUGACUCAGUGUACAGGGGGUGGACAAAAUAACAAAAACAGCCUCCGGUAAAUUGGUGACACUCACGUUCAGUGUUUGUUGAGACUACAUUGCUUGUGUAUCAAAGUGAACACACUGAUAGGAUACGUAAUGCUGUCACUGUAUCCCAGAAGUCUAAGAUCAUAUCAAAUGUGACCACGAGGUUCCUGGGUUGAAUCCAGCAAUUGUGCAUGUUUUAUGUUACUCUCUAAUGUCAAACUAUCCACACCAAUUUUAAAACAUUACCGUAAAUCAACAGUUAUAUCUCCAACACUUUAUUGCAGAGCGAUUGUCCAUACAGGUGUUUUUGUCCACCUUCUAUGUUUAGCCAAUAAAGGAAUGGACAUUUGCAAUGGCAGGACUUACUGGACAACAGUGGCAGACCACUUCACUUUCACAGCAUUAUGUUGUUGCUGUACAUGCAUUUGGUUGGAAUGUAAAUUGAGACUUACUUGCUGUAGGAAAGAAUGUGCCUCAGGCCUAGGUUUGAAUACAAAAUCUAAGAGCUACAAGGUUGAAUUAUUUUGUAUACACUGUUUUAAAUGUGUUGCCUACAUAUUGAUUUCUUGAGACCUAAACCAAGCUUAAGAUGCAGAACUUGAUAUAGUGCUAAAUAUUGGUUGCAUUUAUUGUUGUAUCCAUUGUGUUAGUGUCAUUUCAAGAUGCUGCAUAUGGUUUCUUUGUCAUCCUGUUGUAAAAUAAAUGAAGAAAUGUGACCACAGUUUUGGCAAAACAUUUACCAUUAUAAAUGCUGUUCAUGACACUUAUCGUUGAAUUUGACUGCAGUAUACAAGGUUAUAUUUGUCAUUUUUAAGAGCCCAUAUACUUGAAAUAGAAAUAGAAAGCAACCACUCAAGACAUUUCACCUGGUUUCUGGACUUUUAUUUGAGCUUGCAUUUUGUUAAAAUGUUUGAAUACAUAAAAAGUUAUUUAAAAAUGUCAAACUGACCAGUUAUCAAAUUCCAUUUUUUCUUUAAAAACCAUUUGGUGUAAAAACUUAGGACAGAUUUAGAAAAACAUUUGUUGUUUCCCCAAAACGUUUGUAGCUGUCACAUAAAAAUAAUGGAAAAAAAAAACAAGUCUG